AUGGAUGACGUUCAGCGUGUGCCCACCUCGACAUUGCAAAUCACAGAGCUGUACCAUAAACUCGUGGUGAAAACAGACAACCCCGGCCUUACUCCACGCAGAAGAGCUCGCUGUUCUGGUUGCAGUGCGGACCCUGCUAACUUCGAGCAACCAAAGGCUGUCAUGACGGACCAGGACCCGAGCGGCCAGCCACCAGAUCAACGCCCUCCAGCGUACAAUGGGCCGUUCCUCUUCGUGAACAAGAACGCAUCAAAUCUGAGAUCCAGGCAAAGAGAAGAAGUCUUCGCCGUCCGAAGCCAUGCGAUGCAGAUCGCCAGAAGGUCAAGGAAGCCCUCAGCUCAGUCGCAUCUGCAGUCGAUAGAACGCGAAAAACAGGCUCAGGCAGACGCCCAGAGUCCAGAAGCUUCACCGGCGCCAGGUGCCGCAGGUAGUCCAGCCGCAGAGCCGAUUCCCUCGAUCCAAGAUAUCUUGGAGCAACAAGCCAUGGGUGUCCGUCAAUACCAGCAAAGUCGACAAUCGAGUCAGCCUCGCCAGCACCCCCUGGGGCGGCGAACUCCUGGCAGUAACCCUCCCUUGUCCAUGCCUGCUGGUACGACCUUCGCCUUAGGGAGGAUGUACAGUCUCCUUCCGGCUGACCACGCAGCGUCUCUGGGGCAAACCCCCAUUUCCGCCUCAACCGCAAGCAUGAGUCCUGGAGGCCUGGGUUCAAGUGGUGACCUGCCUUCCGAUACCUUCUUCAAUUCCGUCCUGCAGUUUUGGCGAUUGAACUAUAUGUCCAAUUUCUGGCCUGCGCAUGUCUAUUUGAAUCCUUCACACCAAGCGGUCCAAUGCACUGACAGCUGGAUCCGCAACAUGGUGAUCAACAACCCAGCCAUGAUGCACGGCCUGUUCUCAGGCGCUUUGAGUUACAUAACGAAUUAUCUGCCUCCAACUGAGAACACGCCCAUGCUUUGGGCCAGAGCAAUUCACCAUUAUGGCAAGUGCCUCGAGGAGACCCGCGAACAGCUGUCUCGACCGGGAAUCGGCACUGAACAGGCAUUGAGCCUCAUUCACGGAAUGACCACCUUCAGUUUCCACUGUCAGGAUCUGGAGAGCUGUCAAGUCCACCGUACAGCGUCAAUGCGUCUGCUUCAGAACCUGGAUGGAGGCCUGGAGUCGGUCCAUCCAGUCUUGAAGUGUCUCAUGAUCCUCUGCGAAUCGCUCAUCGCAAGCCACGUUCCCAUACGACCAGCAAUGGACAUUGGAGCUUGGGCACCUAAGCCUUGGGCCCAAGAAAACUCUUUGAGAUCGUUUGACGGAAUCUUCACCUUUGAUGCUCGAUCUUCCCGCCAGACCGAUAUUGCGGUCUUCCUCCUCAGCAGUGAUGACCAGGUGACUGACCACUCAGAGGACAUCCUGGAGCUCAUCAACUGGCAUCGAGAAGCGCUGGCGGCUAACGAGCUUGGCUUCAGACUCGCGCAUAGUUCUGAAGCGGCUUCACCAGAGAUCGUAGGAUCUGGGGUUGGAGACUGGCAAGAUCAGGAUAACCCGAUAUAUGCCUGGCUGUCACUUCGACACCACGCUUUAAGCUGUCUAUCUUCUAAUAUGUUUGUGGAUCUCCUGGAGGUCGAGGACCAGGAUCAGUCACUGCCAUCGCAGCUGCAUCGGGCUUACCACGCCUGCGUCCUCCUCGCCAGCAGCUACCUAACGCAGUUCGUCCUCCGACGUGAUACGGAUGCCCCUUCUAUGGCGUACGUUCCGGUCCACCAUUUCCGCACACAGCUGGAGUUGCUGUUAACGCUCAUGAGCCAGUUCCGACGAUCAUCAGCCACUCGUGCCGGGCCAAAUACGACGGAAAGAGGACCCUCCAACCCCAUCCCGACUGACGGUCUUCUGUUCCUCUUCUUCGCUGGCGCCCUCUUUGAGGAGUCUGAUGGGCCCAGUCGAGUACGAGCGGCGCAUCACAUCGCACGAGCAGGCGUCAUCGCCUCGCCGGUGACUGAGCAUCCCGUCGAUCUCAUCAACGAGCGCUGGUUCAGCGUGCAUUUUGCCAUGGUGCUUCAAAGACUGGAUCUCGACUCGUGGCAAGACGCUCAGAGAGUUUUGAAACGAUUCGUGUAUGCUGACAGAGUCCUCGAUACGCUGUUGGAGGUUCUCGUUGCCAGGAAACUGGAGUUCCUUGCUGCGCUGGUCGCAAGGGUGCCGAGCGACAUCCCCGCUGGGGAAGCUGGGUUCUUUGGAGCCCAGAAGAGCCCGAAUCUAGCCAGGCAGGGAGCGACUUCUCCUUUUCGACCACCUGUGGUCUCUCAUCAAUCCCCAUUGCAGGUCCCAGCACAUCACGGACUACAUCUGCAAGGCUCCAGCAUGUCCAUGCCCCUAUCAUUGCCGGGAGUAGUCCCAUCAGUGGACCCUGAUGAGGCAUCGGAUACAGUGCCCAUGUUUGGGCCCAUGCACCUAUCACAUUCGGGAGGCGUACCCCUAGCCACCGCUUAUUGGUGGGAAGAUACAGGAUACGGAUUAGAGGAUGAAGAGGAUGCCUUCAUGGAUCUGGAAAUGCAUCCGAAUUUCGAACCCGGGUUGAACACUUUGUCAAACGUGCAGAUGUCAGGUGAGGACGUGAGCGAUCUGGAGGAGCCGUAUGACCGGUGCGGCGUCGAACGAGGCUAG